CCGAGGUUCAAGGCAACCGCGGAGCCGAGCCGGCGUCUGCUGUCCACUCGGCGCUCAACAAUUAACAAUCACUCACGCCCGCGCCCGCUCCCUCCAUACGCUACGCUCUCCGUGCUGAGUGCGGACUGCAACAACAUACUUUAGAGGCACCGCGCAACUGAUCGGCUAGCUACCCUGCCGACUUUGUGAUUCGGCCUUGACCCUCUCUCACCAACUCCCCCAAAAAUCCCGAGCCUCGAAGCGAAACAGGUCCAUCGGAUCGCCGCCACCAUGUCCAAGCAGAUCACCAAGGCCGAGGUCGCCCAGCACAAGGACGAGAAGUCCAUGUACAUCAUCAUCGACGACGGCGUCUAUGACGUUGCCGGCUUCCUCGACGACCACCCGGGCGGCGCGAAGAUCCUCAAGCGCAUGGCCGGCAAGGACGCCACCAAGCAGUUCUGGAAGUACCACGGCAAGAGCGUGCUCGAGAAGUACGGGCCCAAGCUCAAGGUCGGCACGCUCAAGGAGGAGGCCAAGCUCUAAAGGGGAUGGAUUGGUUUUUUUUUUUGGGUGUUUUUCCUCUGUGGGAUCCAGCUCUCUCUCUCUCUCUGCAACGGGGGGUGUCGUAAAGUAUUUAUCUAGGCGUAUGUACAUACGUAUGUGCGGCGGGAGCGGCAUGGCGUUGAUACCACCAAUACAGCGAUGUUGAUCUUUUCUACACAUGCAAGAAAGCAAGCAAGCAAUCACCAUCUCGGUCGGAAAACGAAACGUCUAUCCAACGUGAGGUGACCCCUACGCAAAG